AUGCUGAUACUGUUGGCGUUUGUGGGCACUUCGUUAGCCGCCCCAAUCGACUACUUCCAUGGUGGGGUGUCAUAUGCAUCACCGUAUGCAGUGCACGCUCCUCUGACGGUCCACGCUGCUCCUGUGGCUGUCCACGCGGCUCCCCUGGUAGCACACACCCCAGUCGCGGUUCAUACGGAAACUGUAAGCUAUCCAAAGUACGCGUUCAACUACGGUGUCAAGGACCUUCACACCGGCGACAUCAAGUCUCAGCAGGAGCAAAGGGACGGUGAUGUCGUCAAAGGCAGUUAUUCACUAGUGGAACCGGACGGCACGACCCGCACAGUGCACUAUACAGCCGAUGACCACACCGGAUUCAACGCUGUUGUACAGAAAUCGGGACAUGCUGCACAUCCGGUCGUCGCUCAUGUAGCACCUGUAGCCCAUGUCGCAGCUGCUCCAGCCUAUACAAUCCCACACUACGGCUUCCACUAA